AUGGAUUUCUUGAGCUGUGUAAUUGCUCUUUGCCUCACCUGGAUCUUAAUCAAAACCUUCCAUAUUAUUCCUAUAACCAAACCAAAUCACAGAAAGCUUCCACCUGGUCCAAACCCAUUUCCAAUAAUAGGAAAUCUCUUAGAACUCGGUGAUAAACCCCACAAGUCCCUAUCCGAGCUUGCCAAGGCUCAUGGCGCCAUAAUGACCCUAAAACUGGGCAGAUUAACCACAAUAGUCAUCUCUUCAGCAGACAUGGCCAAAGAAAUCCUCCAAAAACAUGACCAACUCUUGUCCAACCGAACCAUCCCGGAUGCACUCCGAGCCCACGAACAUGGCGUGUUCAGCUUGGCAUGGCAACCCGUUUCAAGUCAGUGGAGAAACCUUCGCAAAAUAAGCAACAUCCAGCUAUUCUCCAACACAGCACUUGACGCCAAUAAAGAUAUCCGGUGGAAGAAAGUGCAAGAGCUCCUCGCCGAAACCCGACAAAGCAGCCUAACCGGUGAGGCUGUGGAAAUCGGUAGAGCGGCCUUCAAGACUUCGCUCAAUUUGUUAUCAAACACCAUUCUUUCGGUUGAUUUUGCAGACCCGAAUUCUGAUGCGGCUAGAAAGUUCAAGGAGAUCGUGUGGAAUAUCAUGGAAGAGGCAGGGAAACCCAACGUAGCAGAUUAUUUUCCUUUGCUUCAGAAGUUGGACCCCCAAGGGAUAAGGCGGCGCAUGACAGUUAACUUUGGGAAGAUGAUAGAUCUCUUUUCCCGCAUGAUUAACGAACGUUUGCAGUUGAGAAAAGUGUCUGGUUUUAUCACGAACGGUGAUAUGUUAGAUACCCUUCUCAACAUCAGUGAAGAAAACAUUGAAAAGAUGAACAAGACCACAAUGGAGCAUUUCUUCUUGGAUCUAUUUGCUGCCGGUACCGAUACAACUUCAGCAACAUUGGAAUGGGCGAUGGCAGAGUUACUCCGCAACCCAGAGGCACUAUCAAAAGCCAAAACAGAGCUGCAACAAGUAAUCGGUGAAGGUCACCUGGUUGAGGAAUCAGAUAUUGCUCGUUUACCUUACUUACAAGCAAUAGUAAAAGAAACAUUACGGCUGCACCCGGCAAUUCCUUUGUUACUCCCUAGGAAAGCUGAAGAAGAUGUAGAAAUCAAUGGCUAUAUUAUUCCAAAGGGUGCACAAGUGCUAGUGAAUGCAUGGGCUAUAGGCCGAGACCCGAGCUUUUGGGAGAAGGCAAAUUCAUUUCUACCGGAGAGGUUCUUGGGCUCAGAAAUUGAUGUCAAAGGCCGAAACUUCGAGCUUAUACCCUUCGGCGGUGGAAGGAGAAUAUGUCCAGGUUUACCAUUGGCAAUGAGAAUGUUGCACUUGAUGUUGGGUUCUCUUAUCCACACCUUUAAUUGGAAGAUUGAAGAUGGAGUUAAACGUGAGGAUAUGAACAUGGAUGAUAAGUUUGGCAUCACUUUACAGAUGGCUCAUCCUCUAAGAGCUGUUCCUAUUCCGCUCUAA